UCUACCCCUUCCAUAUCGCAGAUUGUUUCGCCCACAAGAUGAAGGGGGGAGAGGGAGCGGAAAAGGAAGCGGUGAAGGCGAUUGAGUUGGAGGCCGAGAUAGAGCGGCUGCCGGUGGACCUCCUCGCUUUCAUCUUCUCUCUUAUCUCCUCCUUCAAGGAUCUGGCACAGGCGAGUGGGGUGUGCCGGAAGUGGCGGCGAGGGGUGGAGGAGUCCCUCGCGAGGAAGGAGAGGCUGAGCUUCGCCGGGUGGAAGGUGGACGACGAAUCAACUGCCCGGGUCGUCCGUGCGGCCUACAAUCUCAAGGAGCUCGAUAUUUCUAGGAGUUGCUGGGGCUGUCAAAUAACUGAUGGAGGACUGUACAAGAUUUCACUAACAAAAUGUGUUGGCAAUCUAUUGUCUAUAUCAUUAUGGGGCAUGGCCGGAAUCACUGAUAAAGGAGUAAUUCAGCUGGUGACCAGAGCUAAUUCCUUGCAACACCUGAAUGUUGGUGGCACAUUCAUUACGGAUGACUCUUUAUAUGCAAUUGCAAGUAGUUGUCCACAAAUCAAGACCAUUAUCCUAUGGAGCUGUCGACAUGUGACACAGAGUGGCCUCAUUAUGCUCGUAAAUAAGUGUCGUAAACUUGAAUCAAUCAAUGUUUGGGGUAUGCGAGUACCUGUGGAUUGCUUCGUCAGCUUGCUAGCUAUCAGCCCUGCUUUGAAGAUAAAACCUAGCACACAACAUCUGAGUGUUGGAAUGAGUUGGGUAGUAUCCUAAGGGAGGUUCAUUUUAUUGCUCCAAUCAAUGUGUUAGUCAAUUUAUUGUCUUUAUAUGUAUGUAUGCAUGAAAUGACAUGGUCAUUAUCAUGCAUACAAAAAUAGAUAUUCGGACAGUGAUGUAUAUUAAUGUGAAAUGUUUACUUAUGUUUGAAA